UCCAUUAAAUGACGGACAAAUUUUCUGUCUGCGCGACAGCCGUGAACGACACUCGUGUGUUGUGUUUUUCUUUUUUUGGUUGAGUGCAAAAGUUUUUCUUGGUUCCGAUCAGCUCACAUUGCGUACAAGUGCAUGCGAUUACCUGUCGCGCGUGAAUCCAGUGCGUAUAUUUGCCAGUUGCGUAGUGCGAGUGAAUUGUAAUCGCCCGGAAUUGCAUUCACAGUGGUGACCGUCGCAAUCGCGCAACACAAUCGUCGCCUUGUGACCGUGAAGAGUGCAAAGGCGAACCGUUCGUGACGACCGCUAGCCGUUAAGUGUCGUGUGGUGGAAUCGCAAUGUCUUCGAUGAAUGCAAUUAAUCACAAAUUGCAAUCGCUCGAGCAGCGCUUGCUGGCCGAAACGGCAUCAUCACGUGAUAUAUUCUCGACGCCGCAGCAGCCUCGGACGCCCCACCCGCAACAAUUGGGACAGACAACACCUACACCUCGCCGACCAUUAAACUUGCCUGUUAUACAGGCACAACAGACAAUCGAAUCCGAAACAGACAAAAAACUUAAGAAAAUUAUGAAACAGACAGGAAUUUUAAAAAUCAAUGACACAUCAUAUAAAACAGACAUUAAAGACUUAGAAUAUCUCGGGGACUUAGGUAGCGGUACUAGUGGUCAUGUAGUUAAAAUGCGACACAUACCUAGUGGGACAAUAAUAGCUGUAAAACAAAUGCGACGUACCGGCAAUUCUGAAGAGAAUAAACGUAUUCUUAUGGAUUUAGAUGUCGUCCUCAAGUCACAUGAUUGCAAAUAUAUUGUACAGUGCCUGGGAUGUUUCAUAACAGAUCCAGAUGUGUGGAUUUGUAUGGAGUUAAUGGCGAUGUGUUUCGAUAAAUUGUUGAAAUUGAUGAAAAGUCCAGUUCCUGAAGAGAUUAUCGGAAAAGUCACAGUAGCGACGGUCAAAGCACUCUCAUAUUUAAAAGAAAAACACGGUGUAAUACAUAGGGAUGUGAAACCAUCAAAUAUAUUAAUAGACGAACGAGGCAAUAUUAAGCUUUGUGAUUUCGGCAUUAGCGGCAGAUUAGUCGAUUCAAAGGCGAAUACACGAUCAGCUGGAUGUGCUGCAUAUAUGGCACCCGAACGAAUAGAUCCCAAAAAACCUGAAUACGACAUACGAGCUGAUGUCUGGUCAUUAGGCAUAACAAUAGUAGAAUUAGCAACAGCAUCAUCGCCCUACGAAGGUUGUAAAACAGACUUUGAAGUACUUACAAAAGUUCUAGAAUCAGAUCCGCCAUGUUUACCUAAAGAUAGAGGAUUUAGUAGAGAAUUUAAUGAAUUUGUUAGCAAAUGUUUGAAAAAAGAUCAUCAAUCUCGUCCUAAAUAUCCGGAACUUUUAGAACAAUCUUUUAUUAAAAUCUACGAAAAGAAAUUCGUAGACGUAGCAGCAUGGUUUCAAUCAGUUCUAGAACGAACUGGUAAAGUACCGCCACAACGCAGACAAACAUCUCUAUCGGAAAUAAAGACAUCAUCAUCCGCAUCAGCAUCAAUAGCAACAGUUCCAACAAUAACAACAAUGAAUAAUCGUUUAGGGCAAAUGAAAGCGUCGCAAAUACCAAACUAUCAAUGCAAUAAUUUCAAUAAGAUUAGUCACCAUCCGAAUCAAUUACAACCACAAACAACGCAACAACAGCCACAACAACAAAAUAUUUUAAGCAGCAGUAGUAAUACGCAUAGCAGUAACUUCAGUAGCAAUAGUCAACCGCACCAAAUCAAUGCCAAUAAAUUCGAAACUACAAUAUCAAAUAAUCAUCAAUCGGCAGGAAGCAAUUUGUUGCCAUCAUCGUUACCACAACCAAUUACAAAGUCAUAUGCUUAUCAGCCCUUGCCAAGAGAUAUUCCUACAACAAAUGGCUAUGGUCAGUCAUCGCAUCAUAGCCUGAAAGGUAUGAAUGACUAUAAUAAGGACGAAGCAGAUAUUGUUAGUGAAAUGAAUAAAAUGUAUAUAAAAUCACCGUUUGGUCAACGUAAAAAUGAUUUCAAGUCAACGCAGCAUGAUAGUGGUAAUUUUGUUUACGGUGAAAGCCCAAAGAAGCAAUCGAUGCUUAGUAGUUUAGGCCAGACGCUAAUACGUAAUUUAACAAAUUCACCGUUCAGUCAGAAGAAAAUUCAGCAACAGCCUGAGGGUUUUUGGAAUGUAUCGAAUCCGCCGGAUGGUGGAGGUGGAGGCGAUUAUGGAAUAACUAAUAGAAAACACUUUGAUGUGAACAGUGGAAUGUCAAGCGGUGAAAGUGCAUCACCAUCACCAAUAGCUGCUCGCAAACGGUUUCAAACCACAGUACCAAUCGUCAAUGAUGGCAGUUCGGAAUAUGCACGAUUUCCAGGCAAUACUAGUCCAAUCGUUCUUCAGCGAUUUUAUCACCAACAAAAUCAGCUUCGCGAGAAAGAGCGUGAAAAACAACAGCAGAAACGUGAAAUGAACACUAGCACAAAUCCAUUUGUCAAUAGUUAUAUUCCGAAAUAUCACCCCGCCAACCAAAUACCCUCACAACUGAACAACCAAACUACUAGUCAACAACAUAUUUCCGAUGAGUUAGCGCAAAGUACUAGGAAGUAUUCAACAUCACCAACGCUACAUCACAGUCAACAGAUAGGAAGCCAUGGAACUGAAUCACUGCAUCAGCAACAACAAGAGCACAAUUGUAGCCCCAGCAGCAAUUUCCAUUCGAAUAUUCCUGUCUACAAUAGUCAGAACUUAGCGAGUAGUCCUAAGCAAUUUUACACAACAACGACUACCGUAGUGAAUAGUACUAGCAAAAAAUUUAUGUCACCUCCCCAGACGCCAACAAACACCUAUGGAGGUCACAGUGGCGGUACAAGUUCUGGUUAUGGAACACAGAAUGUCUACAGUAAUAACCUUUAUGGGCGCACUACGACGAAAAAUGCCUCGAAAGAGGGUAAUAUAAAAGACGAUCAAGGAUGGUUCCAUUCAAUUACAGGUGUUGUCAAAAAACAUUUUGCCUCUUAUGUUAAAUUACAUUUAACGUCUGGAGACAAAGAUCGAGGUGACAACAACCGCACAUCUUGUAACAAUUAUUUACGAACGAAUAUGAAUAACACAGCAACAACGACCGCAACAAUACCUACUCAAGCGACGACGAUAACAACUACUACAAUACCGACGGCAACAACAAUAAAUCCUCUAAUGACGACUAUGACGAAAAUGGCCGAAGGAGGUGAGAGAAAUAUAUCGGUUGGUAGUAGUAAUGGUAGCCAAUCAAAUACUUCGGUGAAUGGAUUAAAAAUUCAAUCACCAAGCCCGCAUCGAGCAAAUAACGGAAGCGGAUUAGAUAAACGACAUCGCAGUCCUGAUCCACCCCCACGAUAUAAUCGUGGCCAGUCACCAUUAUUGUUACGAAAGAAUCUAUUGGAAUUGGGGCAAUUGCAAGGAUCACCUUUACUAGCUAGAAGGUACAAUACAUCAUCUCCGCCACUUCCGCCUCCGCGACGUGGCUCAGAAAGUGUACCAGGCUCACCGCAACACUUUCGUACUCGUAUCCACUACACGCCAGAACCACAACGUCGAAUAUAUCGUACAAUAGAUCAAUGAGUAGCGCUUCAAAUAAUGGUGAUGUGAUAUUGGUAUGGAUUUAGCGAUGACUAAUAUAAAACUCUCAGAAAUCCAAAACUGCUGAUUUUACCUCUACCACGAUGUGUGUGCAAUAUCUGCUAUGCUGCCGGGAUACAGGUACAACCAACCGUAGCGAACAACUCGACUCAAAUUCUCUUAAUCAUUUGCGAAUUCUUCGGCAACUUAAACGGUCACUAUCUACUACUAUACUAAAUCUAUAAAAUUACUACUGCUAUAACAUUUAGAUGGAAUAGAAAACAAUAUGCUGGGUACAAAAUACGAAAGCACGAAAAAGUGGAAAUGACAGAAAAAAUAUAGUCAUAACAGAUAAAAAUUCGAAUUUGAUAUUAUGAGAAUAUGGCAUAAUUAUUCUUGCAUAAAAAAAAAGUCACAAUUUUUAUAUAAUGUGGUAUUUUUAAAAUGUGCUUCACUUUUGAAACUAAACGAAAUUAAAAACAAUAAACAACAUGCAACAUGUAACUUUGUAUUCAACGGCACACUAUUUAAACGUCUAUAACCUUCGCAUGUACUCCAUAUAUCUCUCCUUAAAAAUAGCGACUACAAGCGAAAAAAUAAUGUGAAAUUGAAAUCAGGUUUCCUAAAUAUUAUCUUAAAUAUGUACAUAUAUAAGAGGAUCUGUAUUGCAUGUAUCUAUAAGGAUAGAUGAGGAAAACAAAUAAUUUAUUUAAAGAAACGUGUUAGACGAGUGCUUAAAUGCAAAUAAUAUUCUCAUUGAAAAUUAUAUUUAGAUAGCAGACAAAUCUUUUCUCCCAAAUCGAAUGAUUAUUUUGCUUAAGAACUGGUUAAGGUAUUUUGUUACCAACUAAACUGGAGCUUCUUUAAUUUAUAGUCAUUAUCAAUUAUCUACAGGAGUGUAUGUAUAUGCAUAGUGUGCAUAGAGAGUUUCCUCAAAAAAUCCUGAUAUAGCAGCUUGGAACGUUUGAGAACAGUAAUCCUGAUAGUUUUCUAGGCUCUGUUUAGUAAAGGUAAAUUAAGUUUAAUAACUUUUAAGAGAAAGAUUGUAUUUGCAAGAUCAAACUAUGAAACUGCCACCGGUAUGGCAGUGCCUUUUCUUUGGAUUCCUUUGUCGUCAACAAAUUCAGUGAAUAUUUUUGACUAGGUUUCAAAAUUUUGCACUAAGAACUCGCUAUCAUCACUGCAACCAUAAUUAUUUGAACCCCAAAAACGGAUUGAUGCCUUUUUCUCAACGUUCAAAGCUGACUAUUAACGAAUUGGGGGAUUUUGUGAAGGGAUCACUGAACCCCUGUAUGUUUUGUGCUUGAGAAACGAAAUGCCUUCUAUGUAUUUAUCUAAAUAUUGAAUUUCUAGUAGAUAUUUUAGCGAGAUCAUCUGAUUAUAUUGCGUUGCGUUAAGACUUAUUAAAACACCGAAAACAAAUUGAAGGCGGUGCAAACUGAUACCAAUGCAGUUGCUUUUGGUUUCAAUUUGUUUUAAAUUGUUUACUUGUCACAGGAUAUUGUUUCUUUCAUCAUUCUCUCUUCCCUUCAAUAUCAUGUAUUUAACUUAUACCAUAAAUGUUGUUGCGCUUAAUUACUUUCUCUUCCAUAAACAAUAACGUUUCAAUACGAAAUCGAUAAUAUUCGUUUAACAGAAACCUAUAACGAGCAUGUAAUGAAUUUUCGGAAUAAUAUGUUAGACCUUGUAACGAACCUAAAAUAAAGUGCAUACGUAUUUAUAUGAAAAAAAUAUUUGCAAUCACUAUAAAUGAAAGCAACAAAAAUAUUUAUAUAAAUAUUUACAAGACCUAAAAAAAACUAUUAUUUUUUAAGACUUUUAUUCAUUCACUUUUGAAUUUGAAUUGAAUUUUCUCGUGUUAUGAAACUUGGAAAAACGAAAAGCGAAAACACAACCGUAACUGCAUGAUAGUUUCCUUUCUGUUCAAACGAUACAAAUAUUAAAUAAAGUGCGAAUGGAUAAUACCACACAGAACAGAGAACCAUAGACACGCAUUCACACUUAAAAACCAACACAUUAUAUUUUAAUGUAAUUCGAAAAAGGAAGAAUCAUACAAAUUCAUUGCGAAAAAUGACUGAUUGUAUAUAUAUUAAUUUUUAUUAUUAAUUAAUUUAUAUUAAAACAACCAAUAUGUAUGAUGAGAGGUAAAAAAGAAAAAUAAAACAAAAAAAGAACUACAUGCAAAGUAAAACAAACAAAAAAAUUAUCGUUAGCGCAUUAUUUAGGAGAAUACAUAAAUUAAAAAA